AUGGCAUUCACAAGAAGCGGACGCUUUGUGGACAAUUAUAUCUCAAAGCUGAAAGAAGAUGAUUGGGAUCCAAUAUCCGGUUAUAAAGAUCGGACUCUUAAAUCAUUAGAAGAAGCUGUGAAAAGUAUCGUUCCAUUCGCUGAUGAGUUUGAGAAGUAUGCAGAGAUAGCUAAAAAACAAUGCAGCAGUGACAAAAAACUGACAAUAAAUGAAUCGGCAGCAAUCUAUCUUUACUCAAUGAUUACACCUUUCUAUGAGAAACUCAACGAAGCUCUUCGAGGUGAAAAUCCACCCGCACUGAUACCAUGGUUCGACUUUCUAAAACUAUUCAUUACCGCUUUGAUGAAAUUACCGGAACUACCAUCAUGUCAGUCUACGAUAUGGCGAGGUGUUGCAAACAUUAGUGGCUCCGAUUACCAUGAAAAUGGUACAUUCAGUUGGUGGGGCGUAAGUUCAUGUUCAUUAGAUGGCAAUGUCGCUGCAUUCUUUAGAGGCGAGAAGAAGGGCGUCCUGUUCUGCAUUAAUACUAUUAAUGGCAAAGAUAUUAGUAAUUACUCAGCAGCGAAUAAAGGGGAAGUAGGUGAGAAAGAAAUCGUUCUUAUGCCUGGAACUCGCUUGCGCGUCAAAUCCAUAAUACCUCAAGGUACAAAUCUUGACAUCAUUCAGUUGGAAGAAUGUACUCCGAUUCCGGCAGGAAAACAUGUUUUGAUAUCUUAUGAUUCGAAUAGUCAAGAAAUUGUAUCCAAAAUUUCACAUGAUCUACAACUCGAACAUAUACCACUUUGGUUCAAUGAACAAAAAGAAACGACAAAUGAUCUAAAGAAAAGGUAUAAUUUUUUGUGUUGUUUUCCAUUAUCUAAACAUUGCAAUUAUGCUGUUCUUUUUCGCAGUUUGGCUGACGGAGUAGAAAAUGCUGCAAUCGUUUGUUGUUUCCUGACUCACGAUUAUGAAAAAUCUGAUUUUUGUCAAUUUGAAUUACAGUAUGCACAUAAACGGCAAAAACGAAUCAUUCCAUGUAUGCUUUCUGAUAUAAACGUAUGGAAACCUUCUAAUUGGUUGAAGCUGAUAACCAAAGAUCUCGUACCGAUCGACUUUCACAACGUCUCCGAACCAUCAGCCAUGGAAGAAAACGUGAUGGAACUGAUUUAUCGAAUAAAAUACCAACCUUCAACGUCUCAAUAUAUACCGUCACAGGUAGCUGAUAAACCAAGCUAUCUAUUUGAACUGAUUAAAUAUGGAUAUAAGGGAAAUAGUCGUAUUGAACGUUUCAUGAAUCCUGCCAAAUCUUUUCCAAUCGACCAAAGUUACGUCAAUUUGUCCAUAGUAGAAACUAAAGAUCAGCAAGAGAAAGAAAAGAAGCUUCGUGAUUCUCAGCACAACGAUGCGAUUAUGGAAGCAUUUGAAAAUAUUCAUGGUACCAAGACUUCAGUAGAUAUUAAAGACAUUUUCAAAACAUGCAAGAAUCAAACAAGGAAUGUGCUCGUAUUCGGCCGAGCUGGCAUUGGAAAAUCAACAUUUUGUCAAUACAUCGCCUACCAAUGGGCAUCUGGUGUGAUUUGGCAGGAAUAUGAACUGGUUGCUUUGAUUCCAUUACGUUCUUUGACGACAGACCGCUAUCCUAUAUUACCAGCUGGCACCACCUAUUCUCUUAUAGACGUUCUAAAAAAAGAGUGCUUUUCUUUUGAUCAAUAUGUAUCAGAAAAAGAUGAAAAACAAUUGCAAGAACAGUUUCAUAAAAGUCGCAUUCUUUGGCUUUUAGAUGGUUAUGAUGAAAUCCCACAAAAUGUACCCACACAUCUUAGAAAUUUAUUGAAUGAUCAGUUACUCAAGACACCACAUCAUAUCAUAACAUCUCGUCCAUACAUGAAUACUUUAUCACAUUCUGUACAAUUGGAAAUAACAGGCUUUACAGAUGAUAAUAUCUCUAAGUACGUCAAGCAGUUCUUUGACGAAAUCGAAAAAGAACCACAGAAUUCAACCGCUGAAGAUGAAAAAAUACUAAGCUUUCUCAAACGUAAUCCUAGGAUUUGGGGUAUAGCUCACAUUCCGAUAAAUCUAGAACUUAUUUGCAGCGUCUGGAGCAAUACUCGCUGGUCAGAAACAAAAACACUAACAAUGACAGGGCUGUACGAUGAAAUUACCGAAUGGAUAUGUCGUCGAUAUUUGGAAAAGCAACCACAAACUUCAACUGAUUCAUGGUCUGAAAACGGUGUUUAUAAAAAAUGCAAAAAUGAAUUGGCAUUCUUAGAACGUCUAGCUUUUCUUGGGAUGGAAAGUAACACUAUAAUUUUGGGUUCAAUUCUACUUCAAAAAGCGCAAAAUGAGACUACUUGUUCAUUAGCUGAGAACCUACACUUACUCAAUAUUGGAUUACUAAAAUCAUUCGCGCAUCAUCAUGGUACUGGAAUGCGAAUCGAACUAAAAAAAGAUCAUUACUUUGUACAUCUUAGCUUUCAAGAGUAUUUUGCAGCACGGUACUUGGUCACUGCUCUCAACGGUGAAGAACCUCAGAAAAUGAUCGAGUUUAUCCAAGACCAUAAAUACGAUCGACGCUUUGAACUAAUGCUGAACUUUGCAGCGGGACUUCUGACCAGUAGCGAUAACAAUAAAUGUAACGGUACAUUCUGGGACAAAAUCUCACAAGAGCCAUUAGAUAAAGUUGGCAUACGACACAUGCAAAUUGUCGUUUCUUGCUUAGAAGAGGCACAUCAUAAUGAAGACUUCCAACAAUAUAACGAAAUUAUGAACUAUAUAAUCAAGUGUAUAGAGUAUGCCGUGCAUUCCGAGUACAAAGUAUUAUGCACCAACAUAAAUGAGACCUUACGUAGAAGUCCCUCGACAGUAAACAAACCUGAAACAAUUCAAAUGUUUACUAAGCUUUUGCAAACCAAUAAUGAACACACAUGGCAGAAUGCCACCUUAUUGAUAACCGGAAUACCACUUUACAAUCCGCCGCCGCAGUUCAUACAGUUGCUAGUGACCGCACUAGAGAAUCCCGAUAAUGAUAUACGAAGGGAUGCAUGUCAACUACUCGAUCAGCUAGGUGACAAAGCAGUAACGAUGGACGUCAUUGCAGCGUUGGUGACAGCACUGGGACAUGAUGAUGAAAGGGUCAGAAGUAACGCAUGUGACGCUCUCGGUGAG